CAUAAACAGAGGAGAGGAAGAAGAAAAUUUAGCAGAAAAUAUAUAGCUGUAUAAUAUUUAAUUAAUCUACAUAUUAUAAUUUUUAUUUUGUUUUCAUCUGCUGCUACUCUGAAAAAGCAAUUUAUAUUUGUCAAAAGAUAUGAAGUAAUAAUGGGCAGGGGGAAGGUGGAGCUGAAGAGGAUUGAGAACAAGAUAAACCGUCAAGUUACAUUUGCAAAGAGAAGGAAUGGGUUGCUCAAGAAGGCUUAUGAGCUCUCUGUCCUCUGUGAUGCUGAAGUUGCCCUCAUUAUCUUCUCCAACCGUGGCAAGCUCUAUGAGUUCUGCAGCACCUCUAGCGGCAUGACCAAGACACUUGAACGGUAUCAAAGAUGCAGUUAUGCAGCCUUGGAAGUGCACCACCAAUCUGCAAAUGAGACACAGAGGCGCUACCAAGAGUAUCUCAAGCUGAAAUCAAAAGUUCAGGCACUACAGCAAAACCAGAGAAACUUCCUUGGGGAAGAUUUGGAGCACUUAGAUAUUAAGGAGCUUGAGCAGCUUGAACAUCAACUGGACUCUUCCUUGAAGCAAAUAAGGUCUAACAAGACACAACAAACGCUUGAACAACUCUCUGAUUUACAAAAAAAGGAGGAGAUGCUACUGGAGACUAAUAAUAUCCUAAGGAACAAGUUGGAGGAAAUUAAUAGUGGCCUUCAACCCACAUGGGAAGCUAGGGAGCAGAAUGCUCCCUUCAGCUACCACCCCCUCCAAUCAGAGGGAUACUAUGAGACAGCACAUUGCAAUAGUACAUUGCGAAUUGGCUACGGUUCUUCAGUGUCAAAUGAAGCAGGAGGAGAUGCAGGAACCUCAACCCAGAAUGCCAGUGAAUUCAUGCAUGGAUGGAUGGCCUAAAUUUCUAACUUAGUUUGAUUUAUGAUUUUCAGAAGAUGAUGCUUCUAUCGUAGAUAUAUUGUAGCCUUGAAGAACAGGCUGUAA